AUGAUCAUCAACUCGGGGUCACCAAGGAGGCAGCCAGGCCCAGGACUUGGCCAUGCGCCCGUGGCUCUGCCUGCGGCUAUGCCUGCGGCUCUGCCGGUGGCCCCGGUAAUUCCUGUUGGUGCAGGACGUGGUCGUGUGACUGCUCCAGUGAUGCCUGUGGCUCCAGUAAUUCCAGUUGGUGCAGGUGCACCCCUGCGUUAUCCGGAAUACCGGCAGCCUCUUCCACAAGGGCAUCCCAACCCACAGGUGCGCCUGCCGACGGCUGCUCCUCAAACCCUUCUUCCGAUUGACUCAAGGCUCUCCCGUGAUGCAGCAGGCCCAACUGCAGUAUCGCCGGUGAAGGCAGAGGCAAAAGCAGGGGCGAAAGCAGGGGCGAAAGCAGACGCGAAAGCAGAGGUGAAAGCGGAUGCGAAAGCAGAGCCAAAAUCAGGGGCGAAAGCAGAGGACAAAGCAGAGGACAAAGCUAUCGAAGCAAGAGAAGCAAGCGGGAGGAUGGCAGGCACAGAAUGCGCGGACGACAAAGAGGACAAAGAGGACAAAGAGGAUGAAGGCAACCGGCUUACGUUGGAGGAGGAUGAUUUCUUGCUCCGGAAGAAGCUGGGAGUCCGUCUGCCGGGCUCGAAGGAGCCACACGAGCUGAGGGAAAUUCCUGAGGAGACAUCGCCAAGGACAUCGCCAGAGGUUUCACCGCGGAGUACGGAUCGCAGCGGCCACUCCUUGGUGGAGCCUGUCCAAGAGGUCUCCCGAGGCCUCUCGCUGCCGCUGCUUGCGACGCUGCGCAAGUCCGUGGCCUCCGUCCGGGAGCCACACUGCUGCGACGGUGUCAUCGCUACACUGAAGUACUUCAAGGAGAAUGUGGUCAGCAUGCUGGUUUUCAGGAACUGGGACGAAGAGCGUGAUAAGUUCGAGAACACGGUGAACUUCCUCCUCUCGGUACCCCUCUUCAAGAAGCAGCUGCCUCCAUGUGAGCUGCCGAAGGUGGCGCAGCUUCUCGAAGAGAAGACCUGGCCAGGGGGGUCCAAGCUGGUUUCCCAAGGCGACAUCGGGGACACCUUCUUCAUGAUUUACGAGGGCCAGGCGGCCUUGAUGAUGAAGGAUGACCAGGGUGAGGAUCAAGAGGUUGGCCUCCUGAGCGCAGGUGACUACAUCGGAGGACGGGCUAUCGUCACGGAGCAGCGGCACAUGGCCACGGUCCUGGCAGUCGGUGAGCUGGUGACGCUUUCAAUGUCGAAGAAGGCUUUCGAGAAGGCCGGGCUCAAGGCCAGGCUCCACUUCCCGAAGCGGCCGGCCAUCGAAGUUGGAGGUGUCAGCCAGGCCAAUCUGCUGCCCACCACUCCGUUGUCACCCAAGAAGCGGUCGUCUUUCUGCAUGAAGAAGUUGACCGCGGAGCAGCAAGUGGCCAUCAUUCGGGCAAUGAGACAGAAUCCGAAUUUCAGGGCUUUCGUUGACAACGCCAACGGCCCUGGCGAGGAGUCCAUUAAGGAGAUCAUCGCGAGCUCGGAGAUGCGCACGGUGAAGUGCGGCGAAGCCGUCGCGAGCUUUGGGGAUCUUGGAAAUGACUUCUACGUCAUCGAGCAAGGCACCAUCGAGGUCAUCAUCAGCACUGGACAGACUCAGGCGCAGCAAGGUCAAAGAGGUCAGGGAAAGUCGGCGGCAGCCGCAGCUGCCACCUUCUCCAUGGCGGACCGCAUCCGCAGGAAGCAGGACUUCCUCAUGAAACUGCACAUCCCUGUCGUGGACCGGAAGAAGGCAAAGUUCAACCGAAGCUGCUCGGUCCUCACCAAGGAUCCACGUGAAGAGGAGGAUGUUACAGGCUCCGGCUCGCUUGGGGUGAGUUCGACCUUCACGGCCACCUCUUUUCGCGAAAAGUCUGCAAAGCGGAGGUUGAAGAUAGGCGAACUCGCUGACCAGCCGCCUGUCGAGGAGAAGCCGCAGAAGCCGGAGCCGAAAGAGAAGGUCAUCAGCACACUGCAUGCCGGGGAUAGCUUUGGCGAGCUGUCGCUGCUCUACAACAUCCGCCGGGAGGCAACUUUUCGUGCGGCCGAGGAAACGAAGCUGUUUGUGAUCAACCGCAAGAUCUUCAAAGAAAUCACAGGUCGUGACAGCGGCCGGAAGAAGUUCAAGGAGUACUGCGAUCUGCUGGACGAGGUUGACUCACUGACGCCUCUGCUCAGGUCAGAAAGAAUGGAGCUCGCUGCCUUUGCACAAGACAUGGUGACGUUCGAACCGAAUCACCGAGUCCUUUUCCAAGGAAAAGUUCGCCAGAAAGCUGUUUGGUAUGUGAUCUCCAAAGGCACUGCUGUCCUCACCCAAAGCGAUGGCCAGGAAUGCCGGAAGAUCGCGGAGCUGCCGCGAGGCAACACCUUCGGGGAGAGGUCCCUUCUGCGCGCCAAGGUGACGGGGCAGUGCAUCUCCGAGGUCAACGUGGACGCCGGGCCUGAAGGCAUGACCUGCUUGACCUUCGAUGGCGAGCUGAUUUGCGACAUCUUCACCAACCUGUCCACGAGCGACGCGUCCAUGCUCCCGGAUGUGGACACAGAUGUAAGCGAGUGGGAGAAGAUCAAGACCUCGCGCAGCCGCCAGAAGCUGGAAUGCGGCUGCAGCCUCCAGUCCGUGAAGGAGGUCUGCCGUUUGGGUCAGGGUGCUUUUGGCACAGUCUUCCUGGUCGAGGAUGAGCCUUCACAAGAGCGCUAUGCGCUGAAGCGGGUAUCGAAAGGCCAUGCGUUGAGGUGCGGGACUUGCCAGUCACUUUGCUGGGAGCGUGACCUGCUCAACAUGCUCGACAGCAACUUCAUCAUACGGCUUCACAAGACCAUGCGGGACCAUCAGUUCGUUUACUUCCUGCUGGAGGUCGCACUUGGUGGGGACCUGUAUGGUUUGUUCAGCUCCCACCAGGACAUUUUCCUGGUUGACCAGCCUCGUGGCUACACUUCUGCCUUCUACGCUGGGUGCGUGAUCGCUGCGUUGGAGCACCUGCACGAGCGGAAGAUUAUCUACAGAGACCUCAAGCCAGAGAACAUCAUGCUGGACACGAGGGGCUACGGAAAAGUCUGCGACAUGGGCUUGGCGCGCUUCGUGGUGGGCAAGACAAACACGCAGGCCGGGACGCCAGACUACAUGGCCCCGGAGAUGAUCGACCCCCCACACUAUCACGACAACUCUGCCGACUGGUGGUCGCUGGGCGUGCUGAUGUACGAGAUGUUGUGCCAGCAGCUGCCCUUCGACGAUGAGGAGCUCGAGGACACGGGCGAGAGGCUGCUGGCCAUUCGCCGAAGCCAAGAGCAACGUCUCAACUUCCCCGCAGACUGCCCGGCCGAAGGCAAAGCCUUCGUCGCGCGGUUGUUGCGGAAACUUCCGCUUCGACUCGGAGCCCAGGGAGGCGCGGAGGAGGUGCGCUCGCACUACUUCUUCAAAGAUUUCGACUUCUCGGCCCUGCACGAGCAGAUGCUGCAGACGCCUGUGGAGAGGCCGUGGAAGUCUUCAAAGAAAACAUCCCCAGAGAUCGCCUCUCCGUGGCUGCGGGGCCCGGAGCAUCUAAGCCCUGGGGAGGAGGAGAUUUUCGAAAGCUACGAUGACGAUGGCACUCAUUGGGAUCUUGAGUUUUAA